CGUGACGUCAUCUCAGCGCGCCGCCCGGUCCUGCUGUUUUGGUUGAAAGUCGCGUCGUCCACUCGUUGGGUCUUAUUCUCCUGAACCAGGAUGCCUCUACCUGCGGCACUGCUGGCCCGCUUGGCCAAGAGAGGGAUUGUGAGACAGUCGGAUCAAGAGGUAGAUGAGGAGAUUAUUGCUGAAGAUUACGAUGACAACAACGUAGAUUACGAAGCGGGCAGAGUAGAGAAUCUUCCUCCGAACUGGUACAAAGUGUUUGACACUGCUUGUGGUCUUCCUUAUUACUGGAAUGUGGAGACAGAUUUGGUGGCCUGGCUGUCCCCAAAUGACCCAUCUGCAGUGGUAUCGAAGGCUGCCAAGAAGAUAAGAGUUGAUGGAGGAGGAGGAGGAGGAGGAGAAGAAAAAGAAAAAACCAUCGAGAGGCAGUUCGAGAAGCUGGAUAGAGAGCGAGAGCGGGAAAGAGAACGGGAGAGGGAGAGAGAGCGCGAGAGGGACGAGGCGAGGGACAGAGACAGAAGGAAGCCGAGGAGGGAGGACGCCGCACCGUACAGCAAGAACAAAAGAGGUAGAAAAGAAGACGAGAUGGACCCCAUGGAUCCAAGUGCUUAUUCUGAUGCUCCGAGGGGGUCGUGGUCCACCGGGCUGCCCAAGCGUAACGAAGCAAAGACGGGUGCAGACACCACGGCGGCAGGGCCCCUGUUCCAGCAGCGGCCGUACCCGAGUCCAGGAGCCGUGCUUCGGGCUAACGCAGCCAACAAAAUACCCAAGGAAUGAGCUUCUGUCCCAGGACCAGGACGCAGCUCUUCUUUGCUUUGCUCCCAUCUUUACAUUAAUGACUGAUAGCCCUUUUCAUUAAGUUUUUUCUUUCCAUUGUGAAAUAAGUGUAACGGGUCAGAAACUGGGGGCAUUUAUACUUUUGUCGAGUAGCUGUAAAUAUGUUUUUAUAUCACCUGAAGAUUGCCCCCCCCCUCUUGUUAUUAGAACAACUAUUGGGCACCAUUUGCUAAUAAAUCUAAAGAUGACUGUGAAAAUGA